GGGGACCUGGCUGCUGGGAGGAGGGCAGCAGAGGGCUGGAGGCUGUGCUGCGUGGGUCACCCCUUCCGCCACCCUCCCAGGCCAAGACACUGCAGAGUGUGUCCCCUGUCUGGAAGACCAAGCUGCAAGCCUAUCAGGGGCCCUGCCAGCAGCCAAGAGCCUCAGGGAGAUGAGUAAUGUCUCAGGGCUCCUGGAAAUGGCCGGAGCGGCCCUGGCGCCCUUGACCUGGCUACCACCCAGCCCCCUGGCCACCAUGUCCAUGGUGCCUGCAGAGCCGCAGAUGGACCGUGUGGGCAAUGGCUCCCAGGGAGCCCCCCAGCUCUUCCUCACCACAGCACUGGCCCAAGGUAUCUCUGGCAUCUUUGUGUGGGCAGCCCUGGUGCUCACCUGCCACCAGAUCUACCUGCACCUGCACUCUUACACUGUGCCCUGCGAGCAGCGUUACAUCAUCCGCCUGCUGCUCAUUGUGCCCAUCUAUGCCUUCGACUCCUGGCUCAGCCUCCUCCUCCUCGGCAGCCACCAGUACUACGUCUAUUUCGACUCUGUGCGUGACUGCUACGAAGCCUUUGUCAUUUACAGCUUCCUGAGCCUCUGCUUCCAGUACCUGGGGGGUGAGAGCACCAUCAUGGCUGAGAUCCGGGGCAAGCCCAUCAAGUCCAGCUGCUUCUAUGGCACCUGCUGCCUCCGGGGCAUGUCCUACUCCAUUGGUUUCCUGCGCUUCUGCAAGCAGGCCACCCUGCAGUUCUGCAUUGUGAAGCCCAUCAUGGCCUUGACAACCAUCGUCCUGCAGGCAUUCGGCAAAUACCACGAUGGGGACUUCAAUGUCCACAGCGGCUACCUGUACGUGACCCUGAUCUACAACACCUCUGUCAGCCUGGCCCUCUACGCGCUGUUCCUCUUCUACUUCGCCACCAGGGACCUUCUUCAGCCCUUUGAGCCGGUCCUGAAGUUCCUCACCAUCAAGGCCGUCAUCUUCCUCUCCUUCUGGCAGGGGCUGCUGCUGGCCAUCCUGGAGAGGUGUGGGGUCAUCCCUGAAGUUCAGGCCAUCGGUGGCACCAGGGUGGGGGCCGGAACGCUGGCUGCUGGCUACCAGAACUUCCUCAUCUGCAUUGAGAUGCCCUUUGCCUCCGUAGCCCUGCGCUACGCCUUUACCUGCCAGGUGUAUGCAGAAAAGAAGAACUCCCCAGUCCCCCCGGCACCCAUGCAGAGCAUCUCCAGUGGCCUCAAGGAGACCAUCAGCCCCCAGGAUAUCGUCCAGGAUGCCAUCCACAACUUCUCCCCUGCCUACCAGCAGUAUAUGCAGCAGGCCACACAUGAGGCCCCAGUGCCUGGCCAGGCUGAGCAGCCCUCACCCAUAACCCACCCUGGCAUGGCUGGAGGCCCUGGUAGAGGGCGGAGGAGCCGGAAUGUGGAGAAGCGCAUGCUGAUCCCCUCAGAGGACCUAUAGAGACCUGGGCUGCCCAAGCCUCUGGGAUGAACAGGGGCCCCCAGCAAUGCUCUUGCCAAAGGCCUGGCCUCUCUGGAGAGCCCUCCUGUCCUAUGCGCAGCUCUGAGUUGGGUGUUCAGUGGACCACCUGACCCAGGAAAGGGACUGGGGCACGUCAGACAAGCCAAAGAACCCAGUGGGGUGAUCAGCCAUCAGCCACACCAGGCCACUGUGGAGGCAGUGCGAGUUGGCUGCUCCUUGGACAAGAUAGGCAGAGAUGCACGGUCAGGCUGGGCAGCUACAGGGAGGGACACUGGGGAAGGGCUGGGCAGCCCAGCCCAGAACAGCAGAGGAGUCACAGGUGCUAAGGGCUGGGACCCAGAGGUACAGCCUGGCAGGAAUCACCCUGAGCACAUGGUACAGCCACAAGGGCAGCCCACUGCACAGAGCCUUGGGGCAGCGGGCAAGGCUGGCUGGUGACCUGCUGUUCUCCAUGGAGCCGCCUUGUUUAUAAACAACUUGGACUUUCUAAUGGCGUGUUAGCCUUCUGUUCCUAAAGGGCCAGCAUCCCAUCAACAGAACAUGGGGUGCUGCUCGCCAGGCCCAUAGUUCUGGGGUCCUCCCUCCCUGGCAGCUGCCAGUGGUAUGGUUCAGAGCACUGUGGGG